CGGGGAAAUAAAAAAUUCGAAUGGUCGGAAGAAUGCGAAAACGCUUUCCAAUAGCUGAAGCGGUACUUAGCUUCUCCUCCAGUCCUCGCCAAACCCGUGGAGGGGGAACCGUUGUUCUUGUACAUCGCCGUAUCGGCAACAGCUGUGAGCGGCGUCCUGAUCAGGGAAGAAUGCGGCGAACAGAAACCUAUUUUCUAUAUAAGCAAAACCUUGCUGGAUGGCAAAUCUAGGUACCCGCUAAUGGAAAAAUUAGCAUGCGCGGUCGUAACAUCGGCUCAAAAACUAAGACUGUAUUUCCAGUCCCACACGAUCAUCUUCCUCACGACCUUUCCCCUAAAGACGAUUCUGCAUAGCCCGAGUCUGUCGGGCCAACUGGCCAAGUGGGCAACCGAGUUGAGGGAGUACGAUAUCGAGUACCGACCGAGAACAAGCGCAAAAUCACAAGUGCUCGCAGACUUCUUGGUCGAACUACCGACGAAGACCAUAACCAACGAGGAACCAAAUUCCACAUGGCUCCUCCACGUCGAUGGAUCCUCAUCCAAGCAAGGAUCAGGUAUCGGAAUUCGCCUCACAUCUCCGAAAAACGAGAUCUUGGAGCAAUCAUUCAGGCUGGAAUUCCACGCCUCAAACAACGAGGCCGAAUACGAAGCACUCAUCGCAGGGCUGCGUUUGGCUCACGGCUUGAAGAUACGCAACAUCCACGCUUACUGCGACUCCCAUCUAGUGGCGAGUCAAUUCAGCGGAGAGUACAAAGCCAGGGACGAAUGGAUGGACGCGUACCUCAAACUAGUCCAAAAUCUAGCUCAAGAGUUUGACUGUUUUGCUCUUACGCGAAUCCCCCGUUCCGAAAACGUCCAGGCAGAUGCUCUCGGGGCCCUAGCAUCAAGUUCUGACUCAGGACUUAAAAGAGUAAUUCCGAUCGAGUUCGUCGAGCACCCGAGCAUCGGACCAUCAAUCGUCGUCAACCUCAUAAAAGGUCAAGAUGACGAGGAAGAAGAAGUUACGGUACAACCGCAAUCGGAGCAAUCUGAUUACGGCUGCGAUACUCCAUGGCUUCAGACAAUUCGAGACUACAUUAUCGACAGACAACUGCCCACCGAGAAAUGGGCAGGCCACAAAGUCCGAACACAGGCUGCGCGCUACGUAAAUGUGGAUGGCGAAAUUUACAAGUGGAGAUUCUCCGGACCACUCAUGACGUACCUGGAAGGGAAAAAAGCGAGAAAAGUGAUGGAGGAAGUACAUUCUAGGUCAUGCGGCAACCGUUCCGGUGGAAGAUCGCUGGCAGUAAAAAUCAAACGCCAUGGAUACUACUGGCCGACGAUGAUUGGAGAUUGCGAGAAGUUUGCGCGAAAAUGCGAAAAAUGCCAAAGGCAUGCUCCAACCAUCCGACAACCAGCCAAAGUUCUCUCCUCCAUCACAUCGCCCUAUCCCUUUAUGCGCUGGGCCAUGGAUAUCGUCGGACCCCUUCAUAAUUCAAAGCGUUUCCUUUUAGUCCUUACCGAUUUCUUCUCAAAAUGGGUAGAGGCAGAUUCGUACGCAAGUAUAAAAGAUGUCCAAGUCGAAAGUUUCGUAUGGAAAAACAUCAUCUGUAGGGAUGGAGUUCCUUACGAGAUCGUAAGCGAUAACGGAUCUCAGUUUAUCUCCACCCGGUUCGAGGCGUUUUGCGAAAAAUGGAAGAUACGACUCAACAAGUCGACGCCCAGGUAUCCGCAAUGUAACGGACAAGCUGAAACGAUCAAUAAAACUAUUCUCGACGGACUGAAGAAACCCUUAGAGGCCAAAAAACGCAGGUGGGCCGACGAACUCGAGGAAGUCCUCUGGUCCCACCGUACCACCCGGAGGCGGGCAACGGGAGAAACCCCUUUCGCUCUGGUGUACGGAACGGAAUGCAUGAUUCCCUCAAGUAGAGUUCCCAGUGUUCGAAGAAGAUUACUUCCCGAACGAGAUGAGCUCAAUAACGCCAUGCUCCUGGAUGAUCUCGAUCUCAUUAACGAGCGCCAAGAUCGAGCGCUCAUCCGAAUCCAAAAUUACCAACACGCUGUCGCAAAGUACUAUAAAUCCAACGUACGGAAUCACAGAUUUAAUCAAGGAGAUCUGGUCCUUUGCAAAGUCUUCCAAAACACCGCUGAACGAAACGCGAGAAAAAUUGGAGCAUACUGGGAAGGACCCUAUAAAAUCGAAAAAGUCGUCUGACCAGGACCUGGAACACGAUGCAUCUCAAAAAAUACUAUCACUAAACAAACUAACUCGCAAUGACCGAACUACGAGACGGCUUGAUCUCCAUAAGGAGUACGUAGGCAGUUGUCAAAAGGCAAAUUCAGCUAUCCUCCCUCAUUAAAAAAAGGGGGGGGGGGGUGGGGGGGAGUGGAUACGUAUACUCGUAUACUCUCAAAUUCUAAAACAUAUGACCACGCCUUCGAUGUUUCCGACAUAUCUUAACCAAGCAAAUUAUUUUUUAUCCGCAAAUCAUUUUCGACAUUCGGAAAUAAAUCAGCCGUUAGGGAGAAGCAACCUUUGGCAUCGCGAGAUAUCGCAAGAGAUGCCUCGAGAGUUACUUCUUCCGAACGACGAAUACGGAACCUCCGUCACAAAAAAAAAACAAUGAACAUUUUAGCACAUAUUUUGCGCAAAAACUCCAAACGGCGGCAUUUGCCGCCAAGUUCGGUGAUGAUCACAUCGAACUCUCGAACGUCCUAAACAGACAUAGCCAUCUCACAAAGAUGACUCUCGUACAUUCGACACUAGGAUAAUAGCGCUAAAAAAGAAACCCAAAAUUUUGGUCCAGCACUUCCGGUUGGCUUAAAAAUUAUCUCCGGAGAGAUGCUUGAUUCAUAUCUAACAGAGAACCUAUCGCGGACUUUAAAUUGGUACGAAUCAGGUUAAAAUCACGACAGAUAAACGAUAGCCGGCUAGUCACUGCAUAAAUCUUAAAACCGAAAGUAAACAUAGGUCUUGCCCUAAACCCAGCGCACUGGUCUCUAACAUCUCAAGGCAUGAUAUCCAAAAGAUACGAGAUCCCAAAACCAUGCCUCUAUGUUUAUAUUCGACAUCUUCAGAUAUCCCGCGAAGUCUAUAUCUCACAGUAAAACUCUCGAAACGGAUCUCGAACAAAACAUUUCACAUCGAAGAAGGAUAUGAGA